AUGAUGCCAUCCCAGAUGCCGCCGAAGAAGACGUUGAAGAAGAAGAAUUUGCAUGAGCUUUCCACCGAGGUGAAGCCGGGAUUUCAGAUAACCGACACGAAGAAGAAUGUGUUUAUUGUUGGCAAACAGUUUGCCACCGGCGGCUUCGGGCGAAUUCACACGUGUACGCAGAAAGGCGAAUCGAAAGAGCUUGUUAUCAAAAUCGAACCAUCAGAGAAUGGACCACUAUUCACUGAAAUCAACGUGUUCCAACGGAUUCUGAAGCCGGAGCAGAUUGAGGAAUUCAAGAAAAAGAAGAACCUCAAAUUUCUCGGUGUGCCCCACGUGAUAUCGAACGGAAUCUUUCAAUACGGCGACGAGCGAAUGCGCUAUUUGGUGAUUCCGAAGUAUGCGACGUCGCUCGAGAGCGUGCGCGAGCAACUCGGCGGCCAACUCGGCGUGCAAUCCGCGCUUCAAGUCGCCGCGUCGAUGCUGCGCUCGUUGGAGUACGUGCACGCGAUGGAUUACACGCACGCCGACGUGAAAGCGGCCAACAUUCUGCUGGAGAGAGUCGGCGAUUUCGAAACGACGGUUUUGGUCGAUUUUGGGCUUGGACGAUUCGCCGCCAACAAUGAGGACAAGCCCGACAAGAAGAGAGCCCACAACGGCACGUGCAUUUUCACGUCGAUCGACGCCCAUAAAGGGUAUCAUCCGAGUUUUCGCGGUGACAUUGAGAUUCUCGCCUACAAUAUGAUCCUCUGGAUCACCGGAUCAUUGCCAUGGAUCUCGUUGGAAUCGUCGCCGGACAAGGUGUCGAAAGAGAAAGAGAAAUUCGUCGACGGUCUUCCGGCGUCCUUAAACAAUAUUGUCAAGAAUUCGACGGCCGCCAAAUGCAUUGGUGCACUUUUCGACGCGGCGCGCAAAACAAAAUACACGUCGAAAGUUGAUUUUGGCAAAUUGUUGCCAAUUAUCGAGAAGGCGUCGACGACAGAGAUUGAGGUGGAAAAGGCGACCGGUUCGAGGCGGACGACGAAGAGCACUAGACGAGCGGCGAAGGAGCCGGAGGUCGUCGAGCGAAGCACUCGAAGAACGCCGAAGAAGUCGAAGAUGGAGCCAUCGAGCAGCAGUGAGAAUUCCGAUGAUAUUGAUGAGGACGAGGCGCCGUCGAAGAAGGCGCCGACGAGCAGAAUUGGGAACACAUCGACGACGCAAACGCUUCGUUCGGCGAAAGACACGAUGGCCAAGAAGAUUGUGAAGAAGUACAAGAAGAAAUCGAUUGGAGCGUCGUCGCCCAUCAAGGUGCCGUCGGCGGCAUUGCGUACGACGGCGCCGAGUCGGAGCGGCAUCACGACAGCCGUCAAAGCGAGUCCGACGAAAUUGCGAAAAGUGCCCGGAAUGCGCAAUUUUCCUUCAGGCCGAAGAUCGUUGCUCAUCAAUAACACAUCGAAGAAGUACGCAGGAAGCGAUCCCGCUAGCACGAGCGGCAAAGUGUAA